UCAAAGCGGAAGAGAGUCAGACAUCUGAAUGUAAACAUGGUGACAGGUAGAUGAAAAGAGCUCCAAAAUGGUCUUCGAAAGCGUCGUGGUAGACGUUCUCAAUAGGUUCCUGGGUGACUACGUGGUCAACCUUGACAGCUCGCAGCUUCAACUCGGUAUAUGGGGAGGUGAUGUCGCGCUUCGAAAUCUUGAAAUUAAGGAGAAUGCUUUGAGUCAGCUUGACAUUCCUUUUAAAGUGAGAGCGGGACACAUAGGGCGACUUGAGCUCCAGAUUCCCUGGAAGAACCUUUACACCCAGUCUGUGGAGGCCACACUGGAUGGCGUCUAUCUGCUCAUUGUCCCAACAGCAAGUAUCAAGUAUGAUGCGGAAAAGGAGGAGAAGCAGCUGCAGGAAGCACGACAGAGGGAGCUGCAAAGGAUUGAGGAGACCAAGCUGAAGAUCGCCGAGCAAGAGAACCCCACGGCAGAGAAACAGGACACAUUUGUGGAGAAGCUCGUCACUCAGAUCAUCAAAAAUGUUCAAGUCAAGAUCUCCAAUAUCCACAUUCGCUAUGAGGACGAUGUCACCAAUCCGCGGUGCCCUUUGUCCUUCGGCGUGUCGCUUAGCAACCUCAGCCUUCAAACCUGUGAUGAAGACUGGAACCCGACUGUCUUGGAUGAGAAUGCCAGGCUAUUCUACAAGUUGGUACAGCUGGACAAAUUGUUUGCCUACUGGAAUGUCAACUCGGUGCUUUUCUCCAAUCACAGUCCGGAUGAGGCUUUGUUAUGUCUCCAGAAUAGCCUGGACCUCAAAGGCUCCCAUCCUGCAGACCACGAUUUCAUUUUGCGUCCCAUCUCAGCGGGUGCAAAGCUUUGCAUGAAUCCCCGGUCAGAUUUGGACUUCUCGUCACCUAAAGUGGAUCUCAUGGUCAAUCUCAGCGAGGUGGCAAUUGAGCUUAACAAACCCCAGUACAUCAGCAUCUUGGAGCUACUAGGCUCAGUGGAUUUGAUGUCACGUAACCUGCCAUACAGAAAAUACAGACCUGACGUCUUUGUUCACAAAAAUGCCAACAUUUGGUGGAACUAUGCCAUCACGAGCGUCCUGGAGGUGGACGUGAAGCCUCGUCUCCACAUGUGGUCGUGGCCUCACAUUCAGCAACACCGCAAGCUGGUGAAGCACUACCGCGAGCUCUACAAGAUCAAGAUCACCAGCAAAAAACCCAGUGAGGAACUACUCAAGGAACUGCAGGAGCCGGAGAAGACACUUGAUAUUUUUAACAUCACACUAGCCAGACAACAGGCCGAAGUGGAGGUGAGUAAGGCUGGCUUGCGUAUUUACCGUCCGGGCUUGAAGAUGGAGGAAGAGGAAUCUCAAGGGUGGAUCAGCUGGAUGUGGAACUGGGGGGCGGAGCCUGACUCUGAAACAAAGGAGGUCAAGAGCACAGGAGGAGGCUUUGAUGAGCUGUUAACUCCUGAUGAGAAAUCCAGGCUCUACACUGCCAUCGGAUACAGUGAGACGGCCGCUAAUUUCAUUUAUCCGAAGGAUUUUGAGGACUUAAAGGGGAAUUUCCACAUGGAAAAACUGAGCGUCUCCAUCAAAGACCGCAAGGACAAAGAUGAAAUCAUCAAGUUGACAGUCGGGGAGCUGAUAUCCUCCCUGACGCAGAGAUCUGGAGCACAAGCCAUCAAAUUCACAGCCGAGCUCAGUUUGUUCGAGAUCACGGGUCAGGCAAGUAACCGGCCCGCUCCCACCCUCCUUUCGUCCAAGACGGUCGGCACGGGAACAGGAACUCCGCUGCUCAGCCUGUUUUUCGAGACUAACCCUCCAGAUCAGACUGCCAAUCAGCGGUUCUUUGCUGAAUCGCAGCCGCUAGAAAUCAUCUACGAUGCCAUGACGGUGAAUGCCAUGGCCGCAUUCUUCAGGCCUCCUGACGACCUGCAGCUCGACGAACUCACCAACGCCACACUGAUAAAACUGGAGCAGUUCCGAGACCGUACAGCCACUGGGCUAAUGUAUGUGAUCGAGACGCAGAAGGUGCUGGACCUGAAGGUGAACCUGUUGGCCUCUUAUGUCAUCAUCCCACAGACGGGCUUCUACGACGGCACUCAGAACAUCUUGCUGCUCGAUCUCGGACACUUGCAGAUGUCCAGUCAGUCCAAAAAGAACCUGCCUCAGCUCUCAGCGGUCUCUAGCAAACUCGAAGACAUCAUGCUGAGAGCUUACGACAGCUUUGACAUCCAGCUCAGCAACCUGCAAUUCCUUUUCAGUAAACCAGACGGCGACUGGAAAAAGGCCCGCAUGCAGAGGCAGUCGCCGCUCCACAUCCUGGAGCCGGUGGAUUUGCAAAUGGAGUUCAGCAGGGCCAUGGUGGUCAAAGACUCACGCAUGGCAAAAUAUAAACUGUCUGGACAGCUUCCUCUGCUCUCCCUCCGAAUCUCCGACGUCAAACUUCGAAGUGUUCUGGAGCUGGUGGACAGUAUCCCACUGCCGCGGACGAAUUCUGCUUCGGCCAACACUGGCGUGCCCCCACUUUCAAAGCCCAAGCAGUUCACACCACAAUUGUCAACGAGGAGACAUCUGCAGUUGACCGACAAGCGCUCCUCUCUGAUUUUCGAGUCAUGUGAGACCAUCAGCAUUUCUUCACUCGGGUCCGAAGAAGACUUGUUCUACGACGCCCCCAGCUCUCCUAUCACGGGGCAGCAGUUCUUCCCCGACAGUCCCAUGCCGCUGCGCUACGCCGACCUAAACAGACGAAAGGGUGUCGCACAGGAGGAGCGUCAGAAGAACAUGACUGACUUUGUCAUGACGUUUGAAAUCAGCGAGUUCUGUGUCCAGUUGUGCCGCCUCAUUGGCAGCUGUCAGGAGGUCACAGUGCUCCACUUGGAAGUGGAGGGCCUGGGCACUGAGCUGAAAAUGCGCACCUUCGACAUGACAUCCAACACUUACCUCAAGGAGAUCUGCCUCAGGUGUCCCGAAUAUACAGAUUCCCAAAACAAGGAAAUUCAACUCAUCACUACUUUGGAUAACACAGAGGUCGAUAUGCUCACACUAGAGUAUAUUAAAGCUGAGAAAGACGGGCCUGAGUUCAAGUCCCUCCACAAUAACACAGAGCAGCUACUCAAGGUGACUUUCUCAUCGCUGGACGUUAAUCUCCACACGGAGGCGCUCCUCAACACCAUGCACUACCUCAACGGUCUGAUGCCACAGUACACCCAAAGGGAGGAGAGCGAGCAGGAGGAGCUUCACACCAUCCGUGAGGAAGACGAGAUGGACGAGCUGGACGAGGGCAAGACGGAGGGGGCGGUCAUUGCCAAGAGAAAAACACCAAAGAAUUCCAAGACCACAGCCAUCAUCAAUUUGCACCUCCGAGCCGAUCUGCGCUCUCUGAAGGUUUACAUUCGAGGGCAGCAAGAUAUGAUCUCGGAGAUCAGAAUCGAAGGCCUGGUUUUUGAGGUUCUGAUGAGGAAGCGAGAGAUGAAGGUCUUGGCCAACCUGAAGAACUUCAUCAUGUUUGACUGUCACGAAACCGCCUUCUAUAAGAAGGCUGUGUCUAUAGCAGACAGGGAGGUGUUUGCCUUCCAAAUGAUCCAACACACAGACGCGACCGAGGGAGACGCCUACUUUGACAUGUCUCAGGUUGACACCACAGUUACGUUGACAGUGGGAUGCAUCCAGGUUAUCUUCCUCAACAAGUUUUUGUCCUCCAUACUGGCGUUCAUUAACAACUUCCAAGAGGCCAAGGAGGCUGUCGCCGAGGUGACCCAGCAGGCGGCCGAAAAGGCGGCAUCCGGCGUGGUGAAAGAGCUGUCGGAGCGCAGCACUCGCAUCUCUCUCAACGUUCACUUCAAAGCGCCCGUCAUCUUCAUCCCGCAGUCGUCCUCGUCCCCCAACGUCCUGGUGGCCGACUUGGGCUUCCUGUCGGUCAAGAAUCACUUUGCCAAGCAGCCCUCGAAGAGUUACCGCAAGAUCCCGCCUGUGGUGGACAUUAUGGAAGUCAAGCUCACGGACCUCAAGAUGUACAGGACGACAUUUGUUAAUGGAGUGUUUCGGGGUGAAAGCAACCUUUUGCAGCCAAUCAGUCUGGAAGUGGAGAUCCAGAGGAAUCUUUCGUCCAACUGGUACCACAGCAUACCCAACAUUGAGAUCACAGCUCAUCUUAUGCCCUUGAGCUUGAUCCUCAGCCAGGAUGACAUGGUGGUUAUCUUCAGGACUCUCAAUGAAAACCUCUCAGAGAACUCGAACACUGUCACCGCCUCUGCGCCAGCUCACACUGAAGACUCGACAGCUGAUAAGGGAUCCCGCAGCUCGGGAAACGCAGAAAGAGCCAACAGCAACACAGUCGUGACAGCGGCUGUAGUGGAGACUCGGAAGAAUGUCAAACUGAAGACAACCCUGAAAGCAGACUUCAAGAUUGACUCCAUGGCGCUGGUCCUAUUUAAGCCCAAUAUGAAUGAGCUUCUCCUUUUGGAGCCGCAUGAUAAUGAGCUGAAACUGGGCGAGUUCACCUUGGGCACCAUUUCCACCUCCUUUACCAUGUACUCGGACAGCUCCAUGAAGGCCGCCGUCCGUCUGGCUACCUGCCUCCUCGAUGACAAGAGGCCGAAUAGCAAGACAGUCAGCCCAAGGAUGAUGGCCAUGCGUCCCGGAACGGAAAAAAACAUGAUGGUGGAGGUCAACUACCGGCGGAGCCACGAAGGCACCAACCUAGACACGGUGGUACAGGAUGUGUACCUGUGCGCCAGCAUGGAGUUCCUCCUUACUGUUGCAGACGUUUUCCUGAAAGCCACCAAGCAAGGCUUUGCUGAAACACCGCAAGCCAAGAAAAACCCAGUUCCGCUAGAUAAAAACAACAUCCCUGCCCAGCCAGGGGAAUCAAUUCCGUCUCCAGCCGUCGCGCCAAAGUCCGAGAUGAACGUCGUCGUGCGAAACCCAGAGAUCGUGUUCGUGGCCGACCUGACGCGUGCCGACGCGCUGGCCCUGGUGAUGACCACGCAGUGCGAGUUAGUCAUGAAAAGCGACGCAGAGAGUUCAAGGAUGACGGCCGUAAUCCAAGACCUCAAGGUGGUGGCGUGUCCUUUCCUCAGGGAGAAGAGACUACACAACGUGACCACAGUUCUGCAGCCGUGCCAGGUGUUCUUUCAAAGUUCUCAGUCCCCAACAUCCCCGCAGGCAAUGGAGAUCACUAUCAAUUCUCUCUCGCUCAAGGUUUCGCCCAUUAUCAUCAAGACGGUCAUCACAAUCCAGUCGGCCUUUAACCGCACCACGGAGACCACAGAGGAGAUUGAAAGUCCUGUCCCUGUGGACAUGUGGGAGAAACGGGACUGGAAGGAUCUCAAACUGUGGUUCUUGGAGGAGCAGGGAGAAGCAAGCAUGAAAGCAGCAGCCCCACUCAUCCCACAGGGGGAGUCACUUAAGAUGGACAUCAAGUCAAUCUGUGUGACGUUGGAGGCUGGAGUGGGCCACCGCACCGUGCCCAUGCUUCUGGCAAAAUCCUCCUACCAAGGAGAUGUCAACAACUGGUCCACGCUCAUUAACUUGAAGAGUGAACUGAAUUUAGAGGUCCAUUACUACAACGAGGUGGUGGGUGUGUGGGAGCCGCUGCUGGAGCCGUUAGAGGAUGAGAUGAGAGAUGGAUUCCGACCCUGGAAAUUGGAAUUCAAGAUGAAAACAAAGCCAUUGAAGAACAUCGAGUGGGCAGAUGAGGUGGAUUACAAUGUCCCUGAUUACAAGACUGUCAUUUUGAUCAGCAGCAAGGACCAGCUCAAUGUCACCCUCUCCAAAUGUGGACUUGCUAUGCUGAGUAACCUGGGCAAGGCUUUUGCCGACGCUGCCAAAGAGACGGCCGGGUGCUUCCAGAAGGACGAGGCUCCGUUUGUGGUGAAGAACCGCCUGGGCCUGCCCGUGUUUGUCCAGUACAGCGACAUGUUUUCCCCGGUCGCCACGCACAGCAACGACCAUAUUGUCGAGCUUCAGGACGGCCAAACGCUCGGGAUGGACUAUUCCGUCACCACCGAGUCGGACCAGUUCUCAGCAAUGAUCUCGCUCAGUGAAAAGGACUUCUACAUACAACCGACUCCAGCGGGUCACACAUCAGCCAGCAUGAUCCCCUUGAUUAAAGUUGGACGGAGAAUGUAUAGUGUCAUGCACGAGGUGUCGGGAGUCACGCGCUUCCUGGUCUGUCAGGUGUAUUCCAUGGAAGGUAGCAAGUACAUCAAGAUCCGCUCGCCUUUCCAGAUCAUCAACCAUUUCUCCAUCCCCUUUAAAGUGUUUGAGGGGUCAACAUAUUUGGGUACCUCAUUACCCACAGAGGAGUACUGUGUCCCUCUGGACUCGUACAGGUCUGAGCUGAGCCUCCAGCCGGUCACAGGUGAAGACGGUGACCAGUUUGAGUGCUCGGAGGGCUUCAGCUACGACGAUAUCAACCCCCAGGAGCCCAAGAUUCACAUUCAACAGGAGUGCCUCCGCAGCGGCAAUCCGGGCGACGUGCUGACGGUCAACAUUGUGCCUGUGAAGGACGCAGUGACGUUUAAAGACACAGGCGGCAUUGGGGGCAACUUUGACGUGCCAUAUGUUCUCCAUCUGUGGCCUUGUGUCCUCCUACGAAAUCUGCUGCCUUACCCGAUCACCUAUAAACUCAAUGACAGCAGCGAGUGUGAAACAGAGUCCACAUUGAACCCGGGCCACUCCGCCCAACUUCACACUGCCGUCAUCAACCAAUCCAGCCUGGACCUUCGCCUGAUUGACUACCUCGCUCAAGACUGGUCUGCUCAGUACAGCCUGUGCAGUGAGCAGGAGGAAAUUGCCUUCAUCGUGUUUGAGUCCCUCCGCACGGAGGAGGAAGACUACGGCGAAGGGAUGGAGAGGCUGCGGGCUGAGCUGGACAUCGCCGUGCACGUCAAGCACGACCAGGGCCAGAUGGUGGUGGCUAUCCACUCACCAUACUGGAUGGUGAACAAGACGGGCAGACUGCUGCAGUACAAGGCGGACGACAUCCACCGCAAGCACCCGCUGGAUUAUGAAAUGCCGCUGCUUUUCUCCUUCAAACCUCGCUACUUCCUGAAGAACAACAAGGUGCGUCUCAUGAUCUCUGAAAGCGAACUCUCUGAUGAUUUUUCCUUGGAUACCGUUGGGAGCUACGGAGAUGUGAAAUGUAAAGGCCAGUAUAAAGAUUAUCUGGUCGGCGUGAAGAUCGACACCAGCAGCUUCAGUCUCACCCGCAUCGUCACCUUCAUGCCAUUUUACGUGCUAGUAAACAGGACUAAGCAGACUGUCCUCAUAUGUGAGGAGGGCCAGGAGAACUGGACCGUAGUCCCGCCUGAACAGUCCGCCAUUCCGUUCUGGCCUGAAAAUGAUGCCAAGCUUCUGAAAGUCAAAACAGAAAGCUGUCUGUCUCCGCCUCGCACCAUCAACUUCACACGUCCAGAGAACUGCUUAUUGCUGCACUUGGAUAACACUGUGGGCGGUAUCAUUGUUGAUGUCAAUGUAUCGGACCACUCGGCCACCAUCCGAUUUUCCGACUACCACGAUGGCGCAGCGCCCUUCCUUAUCAUCAACCACACUAAAGACCAGACCUUGCAGUUCUUUCAGAGCGUACAGACAGAGUCCCCAUGGGUGCCCAGUGAACUGCUGGAUCUCUCUUUCUCAAUGGAGGAGGCCAGCUCCCAGAAGGCAGCAGAAGUGGAGGAGGUACAGGCCGGGAAAGCCGUGCAUUACACUUGGGCCAAGCCCACGGGCUCCCGGGAGCUCUGCUGGAGGUGUGGCAAAUAUAGCGGGAAGCUGAAGAGCGAAGAGGAUCUGCUUGAGGACCUGGGGAAGGACGGCAAACUUUUUGUUAUCUCCUUUUAUGAAGGUCUCCAGCGCGUGGUGCUGUUCACAGAGGAGCUGCGCAUCUACAAGCUGCUGUGCGAGAGCGAGAAGGCACAGUUAGCCGAACAGGAAAUCAUACUGUCGCUCUACAACGUGGGCGUUUCACUGGUCAACAACAGCAGCUGCCAAGAGGUCUCCUACAUCGGGAUCACCAGUUCCGACGUGGUGUGGGAAAUGAAGCCCAAGAAGAAGAACCGGUGGAAACCUAUGAGCAACGAAGUGGCUGACAUGCUAGAGAAAAGCUUCAAAGAGUACAUUGAAUCCGGACCCAUUGACAAAGCCAUCGUCGACCUGGACAACAGCUUCCAGGUUUGCCUGUCUCCCAACGGGACGGACAUGCGAUUGCUGCAGCCGUGCGACGCCCCUCUCAGAAGGCACUUCCUGCCGGGCGUCAAGGUGGAGUACAGCGUCUCGCCGCGCCAGAGCUCCUACCGGGUCCAAAUCCACCACAUCCAGAUCCAGAAUCAGCUCCCAGGAGCCAUCUUUCCCUAUGUUUUUUACCCGGUAAAGCUUCCAAAGUCUGUCACCAUGGACGCAGAACCCAAGCCUCUGACCGACCUCAGCAUCGUCACGAGGGCAGCAGGCCACUCUGACAUCUCCCGCAUCAAGUACUUCAAGGUAUUGAUCCAGGAAAUGGAUCUGAAGCUGGAUCUGGGCUUCCUCUAUGCAAUCCUCGACCUGUUUACCCCAGAGGAUGCCAGCGUCAUAAGCGUCCAACAGGAGGUGGAACUGUUUGAGAAAGACGUGGAGUACAUUAAGACUGAGCUGAAUCACGUUUCCUCCGCUGAUACCACGCCCAUCAGCCUAUACGAGUACUUCCACAUUUCCCCCAUCAAGCUCCAUUUGAGUUUAUCUCUGAGUACGGGCGGUGAGGACGGCCUGAAGGGAAAGAGGGAGAGGGAGCUCAUACCUGUCCAGUCGCUCAACCUCCUGCUCAAGAGCAUUGGCGCCACGCUCACCGACGUGCAGGACGUCGUCUUCAAGCUUGCUUUCUUUGAGUUGACGUUCCAGUUCUGUACCACCCAGCAGCUCCAGUGGGAAGUCAUCAGGCAUUAUUCCAAACAGGCAAUCAAGCAAAUGUAUGUCCUGGUGCUGGGCCUAGAUGUACUGGGAAAUCCCUUCGGCCUGAUCAGAGGGUUGUCCGAGGGAGUCGAGGCCUUCUUCUAUGAGCCCUAUCAGGGCGCGAUCCAGGGCCCAGAGGAGUUUGUGGAAGGGAUGGCGCUUGGAGUGAAGGCUCUGGUAGGAGGAGCUGUAGGGGGCAUAGCGGGUGCGGCCUCCAGGAUCACUGGUGCCAUGGCCAAGGGCGUUGCUGCCAUCACGAUGGAUGAGGAGUACCAGCAGAAGAGGCGAGAGGCCAUGAACAAGCAGCCCAGCAGCCUCAGAGAGGGUCUCACCAGGGGUGGGAAAGGAUUGGUCUCGGGAUUUGUUAGCGGAAUCACAGGCAUUGUCACCAAACCCAUUAAAGGAGCACAAAAGGAAGGAGCAGCAGGCUUCUUCAAAGGAGUCGGGAAAGGUCUGGUGGGUGCCGUUGCCAGGCCCACCGGAGGCAUCAUCGACAUGGCCAGUAGCACCUUUCAAGGCAUCAAGAGGGCGGCAGAGACGUCGCAAGACAUCGAAUCCCUGCGCCCCCCUCGCUUCAUCCACGAAGAUGGCGUCAUACGGCCAUACAGGCAAAGAGAGGGCAUCGGAAGUCAGAUGCUUCAGAAAAUCGAGAACGGCCGUUUUGCUAAAUACCGAUACUUUGCUCACGCUAAAGUCAAUGACUCGGACUUCCUCAUGAUCACCAAGAAGGGCAUUUUCUUUGUGACCACGGGCACAUUUGGUCAACUGAUCUGCGAGUGGCAAUACUUAUUUGACGAGUUCACCAAGGAGCCCACCAUCAUUGAGAACCGACGACUUCGCAUCGAGGCCAAGGAGCGAGUCAAGUCGGUGUUUCACGCCAAAGAGUUCGGCAAGAUCAUUAACUUCAGGUCGCCCGAGAUCGCCACGUGGGUUCUCGCUAAACUGGAGGAUGCCAGGGAGAGUUUACCCAAAUACUGAAUGCAAACGCCACAACACAGAAGCUGUCUGAGCAUUUAUUCAAUAUCCAGUUGGAUGCAGCGAUAGGAUGUUGAAGAAAUGCCAAACACACAAUGGAGCUCAUGCCCAUCAGUGCCUUUUGUUUGUUCACCCCACCUCGCGUGUUCGUGUGUGCGAUUUUUAUAACAAGUCUGUCAAAUCAAAUCUCAAGUUUACUGAACAAAGGGAAUCAUCACAUUUCAUGUUUAUUUUUGCCCCCCCCUUCCCGACUUUUAGUGUCACACGCUCGCGUAAUGACUCACUUUCUACUCGGCGACUCCUACAGUAUUUUUUUGGUAUCCAUUUCCGCAAGCUAAAACUCUGGAGUGUGCGAGUUAAGACGCAUGCCAUUUUUAUACUAAACUGCUGUAUAUUAAUCUUGUAGGCUAUGUAUAUACAUAAAUAUAUGGAUGCAUCCGUUCACAAAUGGGUGUGAUGGAAGCAGACUGUUUUUUCUGUUUUUGUAUCACAUUGUCACCAUCCAAUUACAAGCAUAAACGUUUCCUUUUUUCGUUAUUGUUUAAGCUCCAACACUAC